AUGACAAGCUCGUUCGAGUCUACCAACCAAGUGACCAUAGCCAUUCGCAAUACGUUUAGCCAAGUGAGUGCUGAAGCCAAGGCCUUGGAGACGAAAGUGGCUGCGUGGGCCGAGCUCGAAGACCGAAUUCGGCACAAUCUCCACAACCAGCCCAACAUUAUCACGUUGAACGUGGGUGGCACGACGUUCCAAACGUCCAAGGACACGAUUUUGCGUGGGGAAGGCACUUACUUUCAUGCGUUGCUCGGGUCUGGCCAGUGGAAACCGGAAGGAGGCGAGGGGUACUUUCUGGACCUGGACCCGACUCUGUUUCGACGUGUGCUAUUCUUUCUACGCACUGGAAAGAUCAUGCCGUUGGAUGGAUUGACCGAACCCGAGCAGGAUGAGUUUGCGGCGAUGCUGGAGUACUUGAAGAUAGACAAGUGGGCCCAAGCGCAAGCGAUACGCGUACGAUGGGACCCGAACGCCCACAGUCCAGACAUGAAUUUAUCCAACAACUCGAGAACGAUUGAGUUGUGUCGUUCAACCUUGGGAAAGUGGCAAUGUGGUGUUGCCACGAAGCCACUGACGGGAAAAUUUAAAGCCCGCGUUGAUUAUUCAACUGAUCAGUGUUGCAUUGGCCUUGGCCCAAGUGGAAUGGACAUCGCUUCCGACUCGUCAAUGCGGAAAUGCUACCUGUACCAGUCCACCGGAGCGAUUUUGAGAAUAUCUCACCAAGUUAUGACGCUUUCACCAAUAGAAACGGGCGACGUGGUGACGAUUCGGCGGGCGCCCUGGCAUGUUGAGUUUGCCGUGAACGAUGGCCAUCCAUUUAUGGUGAAUCUCGUGGACCCGUCCGAGGACUUGUUCCCUGUGGUGUUUCUGUAUACCCAAUGGAAAAUUACUAUCCUCGACGGAUGA